GGAUUCGUUAAAUUCAAUUCGGCUUUACGAAAUGUCUUUAAAAAUAUAGACAAAAAAACAAAUACUCAGUAUAUAAUUCUAAACAGCCACCAAACGUUUGAAGCACUAGUAUGUCUAGGAGACGGCAAAGUCGUAGCAAUGAAAAGUGUUGAUACCCUGCAACAUAUACAACUCAUCAUUCAUACACAACUCUUUUCUAAUGGAGAGAACACACAUCUCUCCCUACACCAACCACCAAACAACAAGCAAAGAACAAAGCAUCCACACAUACACAGACUCUGGUGGUGGCGAGACUUGUCCAGACGAGGAUAAGUGGGCUUCCAGACUUCUACGACAGUGUGCUCAAGCCAUCUCGGAAAAGGACUCCGCCAAGAUCAACCACCUUCUAUGGAUGUUAAACGAGCUAUCAUCGCCCUACGGUGACUGUGAUCAGAAACUCGCUUAUUACUUCUUGCAAGCUCUCUUUUGCAAAGCAACGGAGUCUGGACAAAGAUGCUACAAGACCUUGGUGUCAGUUGCCGACAAGAGCCACUGUUUUGAUUCUGCCAGAAAACUCAUACUUAAAUUCCAAGAGGUUUCUCCUUGGACUACGUUCGGCCAUGUUGCAUCUAAUGGUGCUAUUUUGGAAGCUUUUGAUGGUGAGACCAAACUUCAUAUAAUUGAUAUAAGCAACACGCUUUGCACCCAAUGGCCUACUUUGCUUGAAGCUUUAGCCACUCGGAGCGAUGAAACUCCUAGCCUAAAGUUGACUGUGGUUGUCACAGCCAGCCUCGUGAGUUCAGUAAUGAAAGAGAUCACUCAAAGAAUGGAGAAAUUUGCUCGUUUGAUGGGUGUUCCUUUCGAGAUUAAGGUAAUCAAUGGAUCAAAUAUUCCGCUAGGAGAUCUUACCAAGGAAGAGUUAGGUGUCAAGGAAGACGAAGCUGUAGCGGUGAAUUGUAUAGGGGCUUUAAAAAGAGUUGAGGUAGAAGAAAGAGGUGACGUGAUUCGGCUAUUCAGCUCUUUAAAGCCUCGUGUGGUGACCAUAGUAGAAGAAGAAGCCGAUUUUACUAGUUCUAGAAGCGACUUUAUGAAGUGCUUUGAAGACUGUUUGAGGUACUACACUUUGUACUUUGAGAUGUUGGAAGAUAGCUUUACACCCACGAGCAAUGAGAGGUUGAUGUUAGAGAGAGAGUGCUCGAGAAGCAUCAUUAGGGUUUUGUCUUGUGAUGACAAACAGAAUAUUGGCUCAGGAGAUUGCGAGAGGAGGGAGAAAGGAAACCAAUGGUGUGAGAGGCUGAAGGAGGUUUUUUCCAUUGUAGGGUUUAGUGAUGACGUGGUGGACGAUGUAAAGGCGUUGCUUAGAAGGUAUCGAACUGGAUGGUCUCUUGUAAACGAUCAAACCAAUCCCAAUACAGACUCUGGAAUCUAUUUGGCUUGGAAAGAUGAAUCAGUUGUCUGGGCUUCAGCUUGGAAACCCUAAUCCAGAAACGACUACGUGGAAUCUUUAUUUAUGCAAAUCAGGAUGUUGAAAAUCUAAAUUUAGGUUCACUGAAACUACCACGGAUUCUAGCACUUAAAGGUUUGAAGAUAGAUAGGAGAAGAUAUAUUAUUUUUUAUGGACAACAAGAUCAGAGAAACUUCAUCUAAGAUGAGUGAUUUUGGAAUUACGUACUUUUUUCCGUGGGUGGUUUAUGUGUUGUUUGUUUUAGCUUUUCUUGAUGUGGUAAAGUGUUCUGCAAUUGUGCUUUCCACUUUAUGUUUGUUGCUGUGUUAAAGGAAUUUGGAAGGCCUUUUCCAGGGUAGUUAUCUUUCUAUUAAAUUGGUACAAUUUUUUCAAAA